CACGAUUCAUCAGGAAUGAUAUGAGACCAACGCUGGCAAUAACACUCACAAACAAUGGCGUCCAUAUCUAUUCCCCUGGCGUAUAAAUCUCACGCUCUCCCUCGUUCCCCAAUUUAUCGUCCUCACUUCACUACUCCACAGCUUCACUCACCCAUCCAAAUCAAAUGCUCAGCUAUCAAGGAGGCCGGUGAGGAAAGCUCAAGUCAGUUGAAGCAACUUAGGAAUGUAGCUUGUGGAUUCCUUGCUGCUUGGGCACUCACUUCUGUUUCUCCCGUAAUUGCUGCUAAUCAGAGAUUGCCUCCAUUGUCAACAGAUCCAGAUAGGUGUCAACGGGCCUUUGUUGGUAACACAAUAGGUCAAGCCAAUGGUGUUUAUGAUAAACCACUUGAUCUGCGUUUUUGUGAUUACACAAAUGAGAAAACUAAUCUCAAGGGGAAGUCACUUGCAGCAGCACUCAUGUCUGAUGCAAAAUUUGACGGUGCAGACAUGACUGAAGUGAUUAUGUCUAAGGCUUAUGCUGUUGGAGCUAGUUUUAAGGGGACAGACUUUUCAAAUGCUGUUCUAGAUCGAGUGAACUUUGGGAAAGCCAACCUCCAGGGAGCUUCAUUUAAGAACACUGUACUGUCUGGAUCUACCUUUAAUGAUGCACAACUUGAUGGUGCAGAUUUUGAGGACACAAUCAUUGGCUACAUUGAUCUUCAGAAGAUAUGCUUGAAUAAAACUAUUAAUGAAGAAGGGAGAGUUAACUUGGGAUGUCGAUAACCUUAUGCUGUGCUUCCUGUUUUCUCAUACUUGAUUCAUCUUCCAUGCUCCGUGGGAUUAUUGAAUGUAAGCUACUACUUGUAUAUUUGUCAUUUUGGUGUAGCAAAGUGAGUGAUUGAGUGAGUUAUUCUGGUAACCGCAACUAAUAUUCAACUCUCCUUGUACCUUACAUCGUUUAUACCUUAUAGUCUAAUUAAGGAUCAAUUUU